AUGGGAUCCGCGGUGAAAUUGGCAUGUGGUGCCCCAGCCAAGCAAUUGUUGUGCUGUAUCUCGGCCGACUUCCCCAGGGACAAGGACUCCAGCGUUCCCAGAUUCCCCAGCAAGGACCGAGGGCAGCAGCAACAUCAGAGGGUGGUGAUCAGCCAGAAACACACAAGCAAGCGGGACGCCGUUUUUGUUCAAAGGAAGGCUGAGCGUGCCGCCAUGAGGGCCGAGCUCCGGGAGAAAUAUCAGCUGCCCAAGAGCCGGAUAGAUAAGAAGCAGAUGCGAGCAGCCAAGGGCAAUAAAAACCUGCUGGCUAUUGUGAAGUCCAAGGAUACCUCCGAUACCAGCUCCUUCUUCCCCAGCUUCAGCGGCCUGGAUUUUAGCUCCUUUCGGAUGACCGCACAGAACGCGAUGCAGUCUCUACCUCGUCCGGUGCAGUGCCCCGUCAUGUGA